AUGUACAGUCUCGAGAAACCCUGCAUGAACCACAUGCCCUGGCUACUAGAAAGAGCAAGCGAGACAGGCGGCGAACCCUGCGGCCACGCGCUGAUGGCAUCGUGCCCUCCUGCGCCCUUCCCCGAGCUGACGCCCGACAUUCCAUUCGGAUACAGCAACGUCAACGGAGACUUGGACUCCCAGCAGAGGACGUGGGAAGUGAGCAAGGGCAGUCUCUCAGCUCUGCUGGACCUCAGCAAAAAGCUCAAUCUCGACGGAGAAGUCACACCCGUCAUGGCAUGGGGCAUGGUUCUUGGCCACCCCAGGGUCAACGAGCUUCGAGCCGAGGACUUCCAGAAGCUCACCGACGAGCUCAAGGACAAGGUCCGAUGCUACGGAUUCGGCGCUGUUAUGGAGGAGUUCGAGGUCAGGGAUGCCCUGGAGAACGUUUUCUACGCCCGACCUGAGAUGAUGGUCUACUAA